UGAAAAAAUCAUUAGUAUGCAAAAGAAUGAUACCUAAUUCAAGCAAGUUGAUUCUUGGAGUCCAUUGUGUGUUCCGGCUUAUUAGUCUGUAACCGUUAACUACCACGCUAAACUCAUGUUUUCUUAAUCAACAUGCUGAUAUAAUAUAAAUGCAGAUUUUAGUAUAUUUCUUUAGACUCAUGCGGAAAAAUCAAAUAAAACGUUAGGGAUAUUUUCGUCUUUUUUUUCUGUUUAGUAGAGACAGCUUAUCGGAGUGGUUAGGGCGCCGGACUUGAAAUUCAGAUGUCGCGUGUUCAAGUUCCACUCUGACCACUAAGUUACAUUUGCUUCUCGGUAGACAUCGUUCAACUCCUCGGUUACUUGUCUCUUAGCCAACUGGUCUGUCUCCCCGCGCACGGCACCAGUUUAGGAUUUUUUAAAAAGCCUAGUAUGUUUAUCCUGUUUAUUUGAAAUAUUUGUUUCUAGAACCAACUAGGUGUAGCUAAGCACAUUCAUCCAUCAUUAAAGAAUUAUUUUUCAGUUUUGUUCAGUGAAGACCUGAAGAUGGACCCGCUUCUCAAAACAGCAGUUCUCCGUAGUCUUGGCUUCUAAGUGCGGAGCAUACGCGUCAACGGACUGAUUUUACCAAGGCAACUAGAAGUGAUUGGAGACUGAAGUCUGUCAUCCACGGAUUAAAAAGCUGAGGAGACAGCAAAAUGAUAUCCUCUUGACGCCUUUAUUUUGCAAGAAAAAGAAAUAGUGCCACCUGCCUCAUUGCCUCAUUAUCAAAUAUUCAAAAUUCUCUUUAAAUGCAGCUUUCUGUAUUUUGUUAGGAAUUUACGAAGUAAAGAUCGCAUAACAUGUUAGGAUUGUUUCCUUUUUUCUGUUCAGCUGAUGAAGGUGUAAACGGACCUGAAGAUGGACCCGCUUAUCAAAACAGCGAUUCUCCGGACUCUUGGCUUCUUGCUGUGGGCCUUGCUCAGUGCCUGGUUAUUUGUUAUAGUAGAGUACACCGAAAAAGAUGAUAGGCAAGAAAAGUAUCAGUUACUAUAUUCCCUCUACCAGUUCCUGGCAUCUAAAUAUAACAUGAGCCUCGAGGAAUUUAAUAACAUUUCCAGCAUAGCAUAUGAGGCAUUGAGCGAACCUAAACCACAAUGGACCUAUGAUAUUGCGGUCAAUUUCGUCUGGCAAGCUUUAACUACAAUUGGUUAUGGAUGGAUCACUCCUCAAACACCUACUGGCCAGAUAUUGUGCAUUUUUGUCUCUUUGCUUGGUAUCCCCAUCACACUGCUCGCGUUUAAAUCUAUCGGCGAACUCAUUGCCAAAUGGGUGAACACAAUUGUCUCCAAGUUCGAAAAGAAAAUCCUCAAGAGGUUGGAACCGAAGCACAUGAAAACUAAGGGUGCUGUGAUCUUGUUUUCGACAAUGAUAUCCUUAAUUGCCUUAAAUAGUGUGUUGCUAAUGUAUCACACAGACUGGACACUCGUGGAGAGAGUUUAUUACUGCUUCAUAACAUUUACAACAAUCGGUUUUGGUGACUACGUUGUUGAGAAACCCCAGCAAAGGAGCACUAAGUUGUCCUUAAAUAGCUCUGUAUAUCAAGAAAGCCAUGAAUCACUCAACGAGGAACAAACCGCGCUCGUUGAACUUUUCUUUACGUUUUACACUAUAUUUGCUUUGUGCAUUGUCUCGAGUGUAUUAAACGCCAUCAUGGCUGUUAUAGAAGAAAGGAGAUGUCGCCCGCGAUGUCCCGGAUGCGUUCCUCGAAAAACCCAGGACACAGGAGACAAUGAUGUUCCAUAUUCUGACGCUCCAAAGCAGCGUGAAACUAACCCCACUUAUUUAUGCAUGGAAAAUUAUGGACUCCAGAAGGAUAGCAUGAUAUCACUCUCAGUAACUGAACUUAAGUGAGAGCACUCGCGGAUAAGAAAGGUUUAUACACAACAACGCGAAGUUUGAUUCUGCAAAAGUGAACAAGUAAAAGACGAUAGCCAAAAAUGUGCAGAUAAAAUAAUUCAAAUGCUCAAAGUAUAGCAUCUAUGCUAUACUGACUAAUAAUGUAGCUAUUUGCCUCCUAGAAGGUCAUUUCUAACUGUUUACCUGACACGCCAGAAGAACAAUAGACAGAAGCAUACCACCCAUGUAGAAGACCAACAUCAUACUACCCAAAAGAAAUCAUUUCCCGCGUAUGAUCGAGUAGCGGAAACUGAAAUAUGAAACCGAUCUUUCCAAGCAAUGUAAAUCAAGCGACCGCCAAAUCCAGGCCGGAUCCAGUGCUGAGAAACAACUAAAUCCGGAAUCGGUCCACAAGGCCAUGUCUAGUAAAUCCACUUCAGUCAGUCCUGAAGAAGGUUGUGUUUGGAUGACUGCUCUGCUAGUUUUACCUUGCUUCUGCCCAUAUCAGGACGUUAAAAUGUUGGCCUUUUUUUAAAAUUUUCAUGUGCAUGAUACAGAUGAAGGAGAAACAGUUACAAAAAAUAUGUAAUAAAGGCAAUUCAGCAUAUUCUCGGUGUACGAAGCAUCUGCUUUUCUGCCGUAAGAAGACCUGAUAAUGUGUAAUUGUGCACGCGCUUUAAUUUUAAAGAACUUUAUGUAGGCUGGAACAAAUCCAUCAGUGUAGAGUUAGAAAACUAAUACUAAGACAUUUAUUAUGCAGACUCCGUAGAGGGGUUUCCGUAGUGAUGCUUUCGAAACUGUAAAUGUAUCGCUUUUAGAUAGAUAAUACCGAUAGAGAAGUAACAAUAACCCGUG